UUUUCAGCAAACGUAAAUAUCAUUUAUACGGUUAUUUUGUUUUUACCAUUCUGCUCCAUAGAAACCACACAAACGUAUUCUUCUUCAUUCUUUGUUAUUCUGCAACGCUUCAAGAAUUAAAUAUCAGAAAAUGGAAAUAGGAAAUAAGGUUUACCUAAAUAACAUUGACCAGAUAGAUGAAAAAUCGCAUAUCAAGGUUCGGGUGCUUAAAAUUUGGAACUUUGUCAGAAAUAAUAAAGUUUGUUCCAUUGAAAUGAUCAUCAUGGAUGAGGAGGGUACACAAUACCAAGCUCGUGUCUUCAAUCAGAAUUUCUCCAGAUUUCGUCAUCUUUUAAAGGAAGAUGAAAGUUAUAUAGUUAUAAAACCCAAUAUGGCUGCUGUUACUAAUGGUUUUAGUUAUACAGGUCUUGGUGAAGCUAAAAGUCAUUUUGAAGUAACGAAAUUGUUCAUAAAUUCUGACAUUUAUGAAAUAAAUGAGUUUAAAAAUAAGUUGAAAUGUCAUGACAAUUUCGGUAUAACUGAAAAAAGCAUAACUACACUUCAAAGCUACUCUUCUUCAUAUACAGAUGACUUUAAGGGCAAUUUUCCAUUAAAAACAAUCUGUGAGAUCACCGAACCAAUUAAGGAAAUGAAGUUUUUAUUAGUUGCUUCCAUUGUUAAUAUAAGGCAGAAUCUACCAUGGUAUAUAAUUCCAAUUAACGUACAAGAUUGUACUGGAACCAUUGGAUUGACUCUUUUUGAUAGGGAAGCAAGGAGGUUGUUAAAUAUAAGUGCCUACGAGUUGAAAAAGAUACAUGAUGCGGCCGGAGACAGUGAUGCCCUAUUUCCAAUGCAACUUAACGUGUUGAAAAACCGCAAGUUUGGUUUUGUUGUAGAUAUUACAGAAUACAAUGUCAACAACUAUAAUAACAUCUACACAGUUCUCAGAGUUACAGAAGAUAUGUCCAUUGUUUGUGAAUUGGAAAGUAAAAUAGAACUUAUGAGUAUUCAAUCUGUCUCCUUAAAUCAAGUUGCUUUGGAAUCCGAUGAUGUUGUACAGCCUGUUCAAAAGGAUGUGAUCUCACAAACAGACGAAAGUUUUACACCCUCAACAGUUGAUAAGUCAACCGCAACAAGUCCUUGCAAAAUAUCAGGUGAUUUGAAGCGCAAACCUCCAAGAAAUUUAUGA